AAGCUGCACUCUACCUUCCACCUUUUAUCUUGCCACCAUGUCGACCAGCGGUCUCAAGGCCAUUGCGCCAGUCCCUACGGCGGCAGAUUUCUUGGACAUUGUGUUAUCCAAAACACAGCGGAAGACGCCAACGGUCAUUCACAAAAACUUCAAAAUCAGCCGUAUACGGAAUUUCUAUAUGAGAAAGGUCAAAUUCACGCAAGAUACAUUCGACGAAAAGCUGGGUGCAAUACUGAACGACUUCCCCAUGUUGGACGAUCUACACCCAUUCCUUUCCUCUCUCAUGAAUGUCCUUUACGACAAGAAUCAUUACAAACUCGCGCUCGGUCAACUGCGCACUGCUCAAAAUCUCAUCGACAAUGUAGCGAAGGACUUUGUUAGGCUGAUCAAGUACGGUGACAGUCUGUACCGCUGCAAGCAGCUGAAAAGGGCUGCUCUGGGCCGGAUGGCCACGAUCAUGCGUCGUCAAAAGGACCCCCUCGCAUACCUAGAACAAGUGCGCCAGCAUAUAUCCCGUCUUCCUGCUAUCGAUCCCAAUACCCGAACUCUUCUUAUCUGUGGCUACCCCAACGUCGGAAAAUCCUCAUUUAUCAACAAAGUCACUCGGGCCGACGUUGACGUUCAGCCGUACGCUUUUACCACAAAAUCCUUAUUUGUGGGACAUCUGGACUACAAAUACCUUCGAUGGCAGGUCAUCGACACGCCCGGCAUCUUGGACCACCCCUUGGAGGAGAUGAACACGAUUGAGAUGCAAAGUAUCACGGCGUUGGCUCAUCUGAAGAGUGCUGUCCUCUAUUUCAUGGAUCUGAGUGAGCAGUGCGGUUAUACAGUCGAAGCCCAAUGCAAACUCUUCCAUUCGAUUAAACCCCUCUUCAACGGCAAGCCAACUCUCCUCGUCAUCAACAAAAUCGACGUCAUGCGGCUUGAAGACAUCCAUCCGGACUCUCGGGCCCUUGUCCAAGAGAUCAUCGAUUCUGAGGGCGUGCAGUGCAUUCAGGUAUCAUGCUAUUCUGAGGAGGGCGUGAUGGAGCUCAAAAAUAAGGCCUGCGAGGCGCUCCUCGCUCACCGUGUCGAGACCAAAAUCCAGGGCAGCAAAAUUAAUUCCAUCAUUAACCGGAUACACGUUGCACAGCCUAAAGCGCGUGACGACGUAGUUCGUGCACCCUGUAUACCGGAGGCAGCUAAGAACAGGAAGAAAUUCGACAAGGAUGAUCCUGACAGGCGACGAUUACAGAAGGAUGUCGAGCUGGAAGAGGGUGGACCUGGAGUUUACAACAUCAACCUUAAACAGGACUAUCUCCUUGCUAAUCCCGAAUGGAAGAUGGAUAUCAUACCCGAAAUCAUGGACGGCAAAAAUAUUGCCGACUUCAUUGACCCCGACAUUUUGGAGAAGCUUGACGCUCUUGAACGUGAAGAGGAGCGCCUGCAGACAGAAGGCUUCUAUGACAGCGAAGAGGAGAUGUACGACUCUGAUGACGAACGCGAAGCUCAAGAGGCUAAAAUCGCCCUCUCACACAAGAUUCACUCGCAGAGUAUCAAGAAGAGCAAAAAGAACCAGGCUCGUAUGCCUCGGACAGCGACACUGCGGUCACUAUCAGAUCUGACGGAGGGGAUGACCAAGGCCGGCUUGGAUCCCAGCCGGAUACAAGAGCGUGCUACGGUGCUUGCCAAGGUGGCGGGAGCGAAGCGGAAGAGGGCUGAGGAAGCUCAGAUGGAUGUCGAUGAUGAUGACAUGGAGAAUGACGGUGAGGAUGAUGACGGCAUGGACGUCGACGGGGAGGAGAAGGCGCCGACCAAGCGCGUUAAGGGCAAUUCUGGGGCAGUAGUGGCGAUGGACAGACGGGCACCGAAGACGAAUCGACAACUCGCUGGUUUACGGGACGAGGGGCAAGCAUCCAAAGCGGUCAAGCUACGAAAUCUUGGACAGCGGCCGCGAAACCAGCUUGCGAAAGCCGGAGAGAGCGACCGUGCAAUCAAAGUCAAAAUGCCAAAACAUCUCUUUGCUGGUAAACGCAAGGCCGGAAAGACCCAGAGACGUUAGACAGGCUCGACUUCUUUUCUUACUCACCUACGCCAUGAUUUCACCUUUAGAUGUGUAUUUUGUAUAUGAAAUUACGAUAAUCAUUAUUGCCGUCAAAGAAUUGCGAUC